UUGCACAAGAUAGCGAUUCGCUCUGGUCAAGUCUUGCUCGCUUGGAUCCAUUGUACAUGACCAAAAAAGCUGGAAAGGCGCUCAAGUAUCGUUGUGACCAAAAAGUCGAUGCAUGAAUUCCCAGCGCUUUCACUGAUAUGUCGUUGAAGUUGUCUUGUUUACAGAUCCGAGUGCGGCUUCCGGGCGUACGGGUGGAAAGUAAAAUCGACGUGGGCACGACUUUCUCUUGUUGUCCCUGAUCGACGUCUGUAUUGUGCUAGCCACCUGCCAUGUGGAAGCGAGGUUGGAAGAGGCUUGUGCUGUGGUUCUUCUUAGGCAAGUGGCAGAAGAUCCUUUCUUGUUGUGCCCGGGUCUUGGAAAGCCGAAAUAGAUUAAUCGAGAACGAUUGGUGGACACUCAACAUUGGCAUGCCUUCAUCUAUUCCCUCGUGUCCGCCGCAUGAACUCAAUAGUGACAUGCAUCCAUGCGGUGUUUGGUUCCGGCCGAGUGCUGCGUUCGAGUUCAGUUCGAGUCAAUUGAUCCUUUGCCUCGGAGGACGUUCCAAGCCAAUCAUUGUCAAUUCCCUCUUGACAACGCUCGAGGAGGUGGAAGAGUGGCGCAUGUAUCCCUGCAUCUGCAGGUCGCUCCUAGGCAUGUGCUGAAGUUUGUCAUCUGAGGCUGUAAUAGCGCACAGCCCUUUCCGGGUCUAAGUCGUGUCCCGGAGAAGCGUGCUUGAUGGAUGACUUUGCU